AUGUCCGGUGACGGGGAUGCUCCAUCCCACAUGUCCCGUCUUCACACAGCUCAAUAUGGUUCGCCGGAAUCACCAAAUGCAAAGUGCACUUCUUCCGGAAUUGAUUCGGUGACGAUCGCAGGUCGUCAUCCGUCCUCGACAUCCUCCAACUCAUCAUCAUUUUCUCCUGGAUCCAGUACAAUGAAUUUGCAGUCUUUCGCUCCUAGCUCUUGUCUUGCGCAGCCGGACCCAGUUACAGCACUCACAUCCACACGGAACUCAUUGCUUCUCUUAUCCCAUUCCCGAUCCCCAUCUUCAUUGUCUGAUCGAACAAAUGGGGAUGUAGCAUGGUCCGGUCGAGUCGUUCCUGCGCGAGAUAAUUCCCUCACUGCCCCUGGUCCAAAGUCACGUGUGAGCGCCUAUUUUCGUUCUUCAAAUGGUCUCAGUAAAGGAAGACAGUUAUUUGUGAUGCGGCACGCAGAACGAGUGGAUAUCUGUUUCGGACGUGGUUGGGUUACACGCUAUUUUGACAAGAGAGUACUGAUCGCGGAAUCUGACCUACUCGUUCGAAUAGAACCGCAUCUUUUCGAAUGGUUCGGCUGGUACGGGAAUUGCGCCCCACGGAUGAUGAAUCCGCAAGAUUUACGCGCGUGUGGUUAUCAGGUUGAUGUGAACUAUCGUCCAUUAAGCUCCAGCACCGAUUUCGAUCCGGAAGAGACGAUUUCGAACUAUUACGAUCGUACUGGUGGAUUGACCAAACGAUUGUUAAGUCAACAUAAAUCCAAGGACGCUUGCAUCUUGAUUGUCGCGCACGCCUCUUCGCUGGACACAUGCACGCAUCAAUUGGUUCAUCACGGUUUCCGCACCUGUAUCUCCUCCGCGGAAUUUCACCAUCGCACAUCCGGCGUCCCAUAUUGUGGUCUGGUGGUUGCGCAGGAAAAUCGACGCUGGACCCUGGUCAAUCCUCCCAUUCCGAACGUAUGCUCCUACACGCCCAAUCCAGAUUUUGACUGGCGCCAACUUCUGAGUCCAACUUUGUGCGGAUUCGCAAUUAAAUAA